UUUUGAAAAAUGACAAACGGCUUGGAACUCGUGCUGUUCCCUAAAACGGAAAGUAGAAACAGAUGCUGAUGAUGGGAAGGUAGAAGCUACAUGGAGAGAACACAGACUGUGAAAUCCCCGUGAAGCCAUCGCAGACACAUCAGUCUGAACGUGACGGAUGAUGACGGAGCUGCAGCUCAACGAGACGUCGAGCAGAGCGGUGGUGAUAUUUAUGAACCGGUUACAUCCUAGGAAAAGCACGGUGGUGACGAGCAGCCAUCAGAUCGUGGAUAUGACCGGAUAAUAAAACAUACGAACUCCUCUCCAGACGUCUGACGGAUUCAGCGCAGCUUUCAGUCGGAACUGCAUUUGCUUUACAAAUCUGCGUACCCUGGAAUUGUGAGUUAUAGUUUCAGACGGGACAACUAAGGAUGUUUCUGACUGUUCCGAACAGAAUACAGUUAUUUUAGAUCUCAUACAUUAUGCGAUCAGAUGUGGCAGCUGUGUUUUUCUACGUCAGGUAGACACAGAAUGCUCCACGGAGAUGUUGGAUGGAUGUUGUCCAUACACGUCAGCACCUCCCCAGACAACGGCAGCAUUCAUACAUCUGCUCUCUAUUAACCGCACAGCUCAACUCUUCUUCCAGUAAAAGCAAUGGCUCUGAAGUCAAGGAGAACGUGGACGACCGUGAUCUUCGGUGUCUUUCUCGGAUUCACCGCCUCCUCUUGGCUCAUCGUACCACAGGUUCUGGAAAGUAAAAGGAAAAAGUCUCCCAUGUGUUCAUACUAUAGCGACUCCGCCAAAGGUCUUGACAACCUCGGGAACUCCCAGUCUUUAAAGAACCGGGACCCGUUUAUUCAGGAAGAGGACCGAUCAUUCAGUGCAGGAAACAGUAGUGGAGAUACCGACAGAGCCGUCAGCAGACCAAAACAUUUCCUCUUUGUUGGCGUGAUGACAGCCAAAAAAUACCUGAGCUCCCGAGCCGUGGCUGCUUAUGAGACAUGGACGAGCUCCAUCCCAGGGAAGGUGGAGUUCUUCUCCAGUGCUGGGUCUGGUACGAUCCGCAUGCCUGUCCCCGUCCCGGUGGUUUCCUUGCCGGGUGUUGACGACUCCUAUCCGCCACAGAAGAAGUCCUUCAUGAUGCUCAAGUACAUCCACGACCACUACCUGGAUAAAUACGAGUGGUUCAUGCGGGCAGAUGAUGAUGUGUAUAUAAGAGGAGAGAAGCUUGAGCUGUUCCUGCGGUCGCUGAACAGCAGCAAGCCUCAUUACCUGGGCCAGACAGGCCUGGGCAUGGCUGAAGAGCUAGGCAGACUGGCCCUGGAGCCUGGAGAGAACUUUUGCAUGGGAGGCCCCGGGAUGAUCUUCAGUAGAGAGGUGCUUCGUAGGAUGGUCCCUCACAUCAGUACCUGCCUGAGUGAGAUGUACACCACCCAUGAGGAUGUGGAGGUGGGCCGCUGCGUGCGACGCUUUGGAGGAACACAGUGUGUGUGGUCCUAUGAGAUGCAGCAGCUUUUCUACGAGAACUACGAACACAACAAGAAAGGUUUCAUUGAAGAACUUCACAGUAGCAAGAUCCACAAUGCCAUUACACUCCACCCCAACAAAAAACCUGCCUACCAGUAUCGGCUCCACAGCUUCAUGCUUAGCCGUGAGAUCUCAAGGCUUCGUUAUCGUACCAUCCUGCUCCAUCGUGAAGGCUUGAUUAUGAGUUACCUCAGUGACACUGAAGUACUGUGGGAAGACCAACAGUUUGGGUCUCCUCCUUCCUACAUGCGCUAUCAGGCCAACGAGAGAAAUGAUGUAAUUGAGUGGGAUUUCCUGACAGGCCGUCAUAUUUAUUCUGCGGUUGAAAACAAGAUGGCCCGGCAAAGCCUUGGGAGCUUGCUUCGAUCAGGCCUAGAAGACAUUAUUUUGCAGGUCAUGGAAAUGAUUAAUGAGAAUUCAAAAACACGUGGCAGGAUAAUUGACUUUAAAGAGAUUCAGUAUGGUUACUACAGGGUGGAUCCAAUGCAUGGUGCAGAAUACAUCUUAGACUUACUGCUUUUAUACAAGAAACAUAAGGGACGUAAGGUAACAGUGCCUGUGAGGCGGCAUGCUUACCUUCAGCAGUCCUUUAGCCGACCUUUCUUUACUGAAACGGAAGGGUUAGAUGUAGCUGAACUUGUGGCUGCAAUCAACUCUGAAUCCCAAUCUCUGUCUUUUCUAUCCAACUCUUUGAGGUUCUUGUCACCUUUCCAAUUCUAUGAAUCAGCCAGGGAACUGUGGGAGCAAAGCCAGAGAAAGGUCAACAUCCUUGUCCCAUUGUCUGGUCGCUAUAACACCUUUGUCCACUUUAUGGAAAACUUUGAGAAAGUAUGUUUGAUACCCCAACAAAAUGUUAGGCUCUCCAUCAUUCUGGUAGAAAAUGGGAGCAGCCUGAACAGAAAAAGGCAUUUUCAGUUAAUCAAGGACUACAACAGGAAAUAUCCCAAAGCUGACCUGUCUGUAAUCUCUAUGACAGGCAAUUUUUCACGAGGACUGGCUUUGGAGCUGGGCUCUGCACAACUUGAUAAUGAUACUCUACUCUUCUUCUGUGAUAUUGAUCUUAUCUUUAGUGGUGAUGCCUUGCAGCGCUGCAGAGACAAUGCUGUUCAAGGAAGUAGGGUCUAUUUCCCUGUUGUCUUUAGUCAGUACAACCCUAAGAUAGUGUAUGGUGAAAAAGCCCAAAGAGAUAACAAAUUUGUGCUCACCAAGAAAAGUGGUUUCUGGCGAGAUUAUGGCUUUGGAAUCACCUGUAUUUUCAAGAGUGACUUAAUGAAAGCUGGAGGUUUUGACACAUCAAUCCUAGGCUGGGGAUUGGAAGAUGUAGACUUGUUUACAAAAGUUAUUCAUUCUGAUUUGAAAGUGUUUCGCAGUCAAGAACCUGGAAUGGUCCACAUUUAUCAUCCUGUACACUGCAAUGCAAGUCUUGAACAGAAGCAACACAAAAUGUGCCUUGGGUCAAGAGCAAGUACAUUUGCAUCAACAAUGCAGUUAGCAGAGAUGUGGUUGGAGAAACACGUAGAGGUAGGGUAUAACAGAACUUCAUCCUGACACUCCAGUUCUACUGGGCUUCUUCAAGCAAGUUUCCUCAGUUAGGCUUAAACGGAGAUGGUGAUGGACUGCGUAAGCAUAAGUGUGGAUCAGAGGUCUUCAAAGGCUUGAAAAUUUUCCCAGGAAAGAAUCAAGACUGUCAUAUCUACAGUAUUAGCCAAUUAAAACCACACAAGAUCCAAACUGACCUGACAGCUGGUAGACCAAUGUUGAACAUAUCCAAAGGACUUCGAACAGAACCAAGUCUACAAUUGCUACUGUGAAAGCAAGUAAACGUGUUGGAGCUUAAUCCACUUUAUCCACAGCUGGGAAAACCAUGGACUGAAUGCAGCUAGAUGUUAGCUGGAACGCUUACUAGCUACUAAAGCAUUAGACUCUGCCAGUGAUGGAAAUAUAAAGCCUUGAUCUUUUUUGCAGCUUAUUAGAGACUGGGCUAACAUUUUUACACACGUACAUGGCUAAUCUGAGUACCAAACCUGGGAAUUAAAAUAAAUGACCCAAAGAACAAGCUGUAUCACCCAAAAUAUAAUGACAUGAAAUGCAAAUUAAAGGAAAAUGUAUAUUUUGCAGUUGAAGCAUAUGAGUAUUGAUAGUUUUACUCGAAAUGGUGCUUUAAUGUGUUGCAAGUUUCAAUAUGCAGCAAAAACACCACCUGCAACUCUGUUAAUCCAUGAAUUGAAUACUCUGUCACUCUGCUUUCCAGGAAUGAAGUCAAUGCGACUUUGGAUGGCUGCUAUGCCAUGAGCAUCAUCAUUGCUGUAUUGAACAAUCUGUAUGCAUGUUUCUGUGUGAGAGUGUGUGAGUGUGUGAGAGCGAGGGAGUUGGCCUACGUUAAUGCGCUAAGUUAAUCUACCUUAAUCUUCCAGUGAAUUUUUAGAAAUAGCUUUGUGCAGACCUGAUGCUGGCACAGUGUAGUUACUGUGCCACGAUUUCUGUUGUGGUGCUGGACUAGUAAUACAAGCCUCUCUUCAACAGUGUCUCUCAUUUCGGCUUUCAAGUUCAGUCUUCUCACUGACCUGUAGUCACCAUAAUUAGCUUACCUUGCUUGUAUUAAUUUUAGACCAUGGUGAUUCAAUUCAAUUCAAUACUUAAUUGUCAUUGUCAUAACACGGUUAUAAUAAGUAGUUAUCCUCCGCAAAUUUGACAAUAAGAUUGGAGAGAAAAGAGGCACAGCAGUCGUGUGUGAAAAGUGUGUAGAGCAGUGGACUAAGCACACAUCCCUGGAGGGCUCUGGUGUUGAUGAGGAGGGUGGAUGAGGUGUGCCAGCCAGCUCCAACACACAGUGAACGGUUUGUGAGAAAGUCCAAAAUCCAAUUGCGCGUGGUGUUCAGACCAAGGUUGUGUAGUAUGGAAUCAGAGUUUGUUCGGCAGGAUGGUGUGAAAAGCUGAGCUGCAGUUGACAAUGAGCAGCCUUGCAUAGGUGUUUUUGUGCUCAAGAUGUCCUAAUAAAGUGUGGAGCACAAUAGCGAUGGAGUCUUCUGUUGACCUGUUCUCUCUAUAGGCAAUUUGGUAUGGAUGAAGUGUCUGUGGUAUUGCAUGCUUGAUGUGUUUAAUGACCAGCCACUCCAGGCAUUUGGCUGGUAUGGGGGUGUGUGCCACAGGUCUAUAGUCAUUCAAGCAUGGGAGGGUUGUCUGUUUGGGGACAGGAACAACUGUGGGUGCUUUGAAGCAGGCUGGGACCCACGCUGUUGACAGCGACAUAAUGUAGAUGGUGGUGUUAGCUCAGCCACUCAGCCACACAGUCUCUCGGGACCCGUCCCAGUACCGUAUCUAGUCCUGCUGCUUUUCUGGGGUUGAUGUCAUGCAGACAGUCUUGCAUGCAUGCUAGCGGCUGGGCGGUAUCACAAGAGGGGAGGGGGAGCAGUUCUGGGUUGUGUUGUCCCUGUGAAACGGGCGUAGAAGUAAUUCAGCAGGGUUUGUAGCCUUAUCAAAUUUGGCGUCAGUCUGACUUCUGUGUGCUUCUUUUGCGGCUUUGAUGCCUCUCCUCAAGGCAGUCCUGGCUGUAAUAUAGGCAAUGGUGUCUCCAGACCUGAAGGAUUAGUUUUAAUUUUUGGUCUUUAAAGUGAAUGCAGCAUUGGUAAAAGAUGGUCUAGCAGAUCCAGGUUUGGAAAAGUCUGUGCCCUGUAUGCAUUAGUUACAUUGGUAUACACCUGAUCUAGUGUUUUAUCUCCCCUGUUGCACAGUUCACGUUCCGGUGGAAUUUGGGAAGAACAGUCAUUCAGUCAGCGUGAUUAAAUGGAAUAGAAUAAUAGAAAUACUGUAUUAAUCCGGGAGGGGAAAUUUUUCUGCUACAGUCAAAAGAGUACAGUUCGCACCACCAUAAAUACAGAUCAAUAAGUAAAAAUGUGCAGUAAAUAAAAAAUAAACAAUAAGAAUAAUAUAAAAAACAAAAUGUCCUAUGUAAAGGAUGUACAAAUGUUAAAGUGUUUCAUAGUUCAAUUAGUGUGCAAGAAGAAAAGUGUGCAAUUUCAAAUAACAGAACUUGUGGCAGUGGAGCUGGACCAGCCUUUUGGAAAUGCUGCUCCACUGCCUGUCCAGCAGGGGGUGAAGCGGAUGGUCAGGGUUAUCCAGGAGGGCUAACUAUCAGGGCUCCUUUAUUGCACAAUCCAACCCUUCAGCAAAACCUGAAUUUUUUUGUGGUAGGUUGCUGCCUGGCUGUUGUUUCCUGUAGUGCAGGGGAUUUUAGAAAAGACAGCUGAUGGGGAGGAAAAAUCUGAAGCCAUGACAUCCACAGCCAGUGGCAGGCUGAUACCUGCAGUCUUCAUCCAGUGACUCAGACUAGAAGCAUACAGACCCUUUUCAAGGCACAAUAAGACAAUCUUAAACACGGUGAAGCUAUAGUCAUGGUAGAAGCUUCAUUUUGAUUGAUUUCCUGGUGAUUUCGCACAUGAUACUAUCAGUAAGUUGCACCAAUGCUGGUCCUGUCAUGUCUUGACUUGGGAUUGACCAAUAUGUGCUUUUUGGGGGGCUGAUACCAAUGCUGAUUAUUGGUGAUCAACAAAGGCUGAUGAUUGAUAUUGGGGACCGAUAUACAUUAUAUGUAAUGUCUUAACAGCAUGCGAUAGCGGGGAAACUGUCAUUUAUAACUAGACUUCUUUAUUAAUAAGAGUGAUUAUGACUGAAUAACUAAAAUAGAAAUAGGAGUGAUUAAAUUAGGAUACUCUCCUCUGUUUGUUGGGUCAACUGAGAUUGAUCAGUUUAACUUCUGCAGUUACAUUUGUUGUUCUGUUUUUUUUUAUCUUUCACUGUUCUAUCACUUUUAUUGCUCACUGAGGUCCAUAUAUUAAAGCAUUAUUAUUGUUGUUCUAUAGACUCUGUUGCAGGGUGAUUUGUGGCUGCCUUCUAACCUAGCUGCUAGCUUUUAGCAUAGCCUUAGCCACUGUGAGAGCAGCUAAUUUCCUGGCUUGUGGCAACGGCUUGUGUAUCAUGUAUCCGUAAGAGACAAUAGGUUAUGUGGCUCUGUGUGGGCUGUAGUUAACUUUUAUACAAACUUUUUCUUACUGCCAUAGUUAUUGUGAUGUUUACACCUCUUCCUCAGGACCACAUCUUACCACCUGGUGCAUUGCAACCUUUUGCUGUAACUGAUAUGAUGCCCACUGCCUAUUGUGCAAAACAGUAAUCUGGUAAAUAGUAGUUGAAACAAACUUGUAAAACAGGCUUUUAUUUAGCUUGGUUAUUAGAAAAUGGUAAAAAUCUGCCCAGUUUCUUGUUAGAGUUAGAAAAUUCAGUCAUUUUCACAUCAUAACAAGCUACAUUCAUACCUUACUGGUUAUUACUGGAUAUUACUGGUUUUGCUACACUUUUUUUUUACAUUUCUUUCUCACUAUUUUAACAAAAAAUUCUUUUAUAACAUUUAUCAUUAAUAGAAACUAGGAAAUUAUUCGUCAUGAAUCUCAGCAGCUGUUUUCAAAUCUCAAUCACUGUGCACCCCUUUUCCUAGAGGUAAACAUGUUAAUAUAAUAGAAUUAUAGGACCAGAACAUUUACAUUUACAGCACCAUUUUAAUGUUGCAGUUUCUAAUGUAAAAAAGGACUGAAAAAGCUACAGUGAGAGACAAAAAUUCACAGCACUGGAAUCCAUAAACAUUUUUUGUUUUGUAAUUUUCAUUGAAGUACAUUGCAUCUACCAAAAUGUGUGUCAAAAUAUCAAGGAAAGUUUUUCCUAAUUACAGUAUGUCUAUCUCGUAAUCAUAGCAUCCAACUAUCAUAAUAAUUCUGGUUAUCUCCUAAUUAUGAGAUUAUUACUAGGCUGUUUUUCUCUGGUAGUUAAAGUGCACUUUGCUGCUUGUUACCUAAGAAUAAUGACUUUAAAGUCUGCUAGCAACAACAACGGCUAUAGUAAUAACUUGUCUUUUACAAUAAAUGUUUAGACAGAGAUUUGAUUGGUGUACCUGCUUUUAUAAGCUCACUGCUUAUAUUCCAUGCUUUUUUCUUUCUUCUUCUUUUUUUUUUUUUUUACAAUAAAUUGUAUAUUGUUAUUCUGUG